UCAGCAUCGUGUUGUUAGUGUCAUUCUCUUGGAGUGUUUCCUGUUAUACUUUUUUCCCCUUUUUCUUCUGUUUCGCUGGCUUCCUGCCUUGAACCAGAGUCGUCAUGUAUUCAAAGAAUUCUAAACUGCAGAAAUGUUUGCAAAGCCGCCGCUCAACUAUCAACUGUCUGCCAAAGGGUGUAGAGGACAGCAAAACCUUCCCAUUUUCUCAGGAUAAAAAAGUCAAAGCAUGGACAUCUCUGGAGGAUCUGGAUGGUCAAAACAUCAAAGACGAGGGGAGACCCAAAGAGCAACAGAGCAUCAGCGUUAAUGUUGGGGGGAAAUUGUUUCAUAUCCCCAAACAGUGUGCCCUUAGAUACCCCCAAACGCGGAUAGGCUCAUUGGCCCUCUGCAGUGACCGGGCAAAACUUCUCACGCUGUGUGACGACUACUCUGUAUGCAAGAAUGAGUUCUUCUUUGACCGUGACCCUGCCUUCUUUAACCACAUCUGCCAUUUCUACACAAGCGGAGUGCUGUGGGUCAUACGGGAAAUGUGCCCCAUCAACUUUGAGGAAGAGAUCACAUACUGGGGCCUGAGCCUGAAGGACACCCAGCGCUGUUGCUGGAUGAUGUUCGAGGAGAGGGUCGAUGAGAUGAGGGACAACCUGAAGGUAGAGAAGGAGCUAAUGGCUGAGAUCGAGGUGAAGUAUGACGACGCGUGUUUCAAGGACAUGGUCUUUGGGGAUGUUCGGAAGACUCUGUGGGACCUUGUGGAGAAUACGUACUCUUCUCCCCAGGCGAAAGCUUUCACUGUGGUCUCCAACCUUUUUGUGCUCUUCUCCAUCGUUGCAAUGAGUCUCAACACUGUGAAGGAACUUCAGAUUUAUACGAUCAAUGGCAAAACACACAUGGAGUGGGUGGAGAUCAUCACCAUUGUGUUCUUCACCUUUGAAUAUUUUAUUCGCCUUGUUACCACUCCUAACAUCAGAGUGUUUUUGAAGAGUGGACUCAACUUCGUGGACAUGGUGGCAGUCAUGCCUUAUUUCAUCCAGAUCAUCUUUGAAACUUUUAGUGAUAGUGAGAACUUAAGUUCACAGGAAGAACUCAAGGCCAUGGCCGAGGUCAGCAAACUCAGCCACGUCCUCAAAGUCAUCAAGCUGCUGCGGAUCUUUCGGAUUUUGAAGCUGGCUCGACACUCAACCGGAAUGAGAGCGUUUGGGUUCACUCUGCGGCAGUGUUACCAGCAGGCUUGUUGCAUUUUCCUCUUCAUCGCCAUGGGGAUCUUCACUUUCUCUGCUCUCCUUCAUUCAGCCGAGAGGGAAACUGAGGAAUCUCCAGUCAGCAGUAUCCCAUACGCCUGGUGGUGGGCUGCAGUCAGCAUCUCCACUGUGGGCUAUGGUGAUGUGGUUCCUGUAACUAUCGGGGGCCGCAUUGUGGCCUUUGGAUGCAUCUCGUUUGGUAUCAUCCUCAAUGGCAUGCCGAUCUCUUUCCUCUUUAACAAGUUCUCCGAUUACUAUGCCAAGCUAAAAGCACAAGAGUACAACACCGUGUCAGUUCGGCGACGCUUUCAACUUAAGAAGCGCCUCAGACGCAGAAUGAACAUGUGCUCUCAUCACUCAGAGGAAGACAAUAGUACAGACAGUCACGACUGCCAUCCAGAGUGAAGCUUAAACUGGUAAUUCAUGGGGGAAGUAUGUUGCUUUAUAAACUUGAAACUUUGCAAGUUUACCAAUGACAGUUUGUUAGGUACAGAUAAAAUCAUCUGACAGUGAAACAAACAUCACAAGAGGACAUGGGUGAGAAACAGCACAGGAAGGUUGAGGUUUUCUAUGCAUAGAUGAACUUCACUCCUUUGUAUUUACCACUGGUUUCAUCUACCCAAUCAAACUGAUGCACACUAAGACACAGAGCGAGGAGGAGAUUCAGCCUCCUGAGGAGCCUAGUUUUCAGUCCACUCCACAGAAAAAUGGUUUGGAUGAACUGAUUAUGAUUUUAUUUGCAGUUUCUAUUAAAAUACCUUGUCAUGAUGUUGCUUAAAUAAAGUUGAGUGUGAGGAGGAGGGCCCAAGUUUUUGAUACACACUCAAGUUGCACAUAAGCUGCAGCUACACUGACUCUCAACUCAACCUAAACUUAAAACUUGUGAACUGUGAACGAGUGCCUGUAAAUGAAUAGAAACUCCUCACCCAAGUGAAUGUUUCAAAUGUUGAAGUGUUAAAACUGUAUAA